AUGGAGCGUCUCCAAAUACGCAAGUACCUAAUUCUACAAUAUCCUAAGGAUGUUAUUGGUAUCACCGAUUAUUCUGAUGCCCGUAUUCGACUUACCGUGGAGGAACUAUACAGCUACCUCUUCAAGACUUAUCUGCCUGGUCGCUGUCCGUCAAGUUUCAAGACAAUGUAUGACAAGACCGACCGUAUUGCCAGGGUAAAAAACCUGGUCACAGGCCACAUCCUACCAGCAGAUGCAAAGUCAUCGUCUAUGUCCUGGAAAGCCUACUCUGAGUGUUUUCCUUCUGGAUUCCAACCCAGAGAUAAAAUCGGGAAAAUUUGGGUCGAGAUCCACGGACAAGUUCCGAAAUACAAAGAGAAGCUCCAGAAAAGCAUGGACAGAUUCUUCGACCGACUCGAGGCGGGCCGGUUAGUGAAGCGGUUGGUUGUUCUUUAUUUCUCUACUCCAAUAGCACCAGUCGCCUCACAAAAUAAGCAGACAUUCCUCCGCAGCGAGCGUCAAACGCUUCAUCGUCUUCUAGUGUCUGAUGCUAUUGUCUUUGCCUUCCAUACGUACCUCUACUCUAUUCAAAAGAUCAAGGCAGAGGGCAGUUCUGAAGAUCUCGCUUCGGCCAUCGAUGGACUGCAAUGUGGAAGGGUCCCUGAGAUCUUUACGUAUAAGAAUGGAGAAAAUUAG